AUGAUGGGACACGUCACGUCUAACCAACUACUAAACGUCCAACAAUACGCUUACCAACCCGGGCGCUCAACGUCGGACGCAGUCCGUGACGUCACGACGCGUGUGCUCCAGCAUCUCGAGGACGGGCGGCAGGUUGCAGCAAUAUUCUGCGACCUGUCGCGUGCCUUCGAGAUGAUAGAUCACGCACUGCUGCUGGAAAAGCUAUCACACUACGGCUUCACUGCGAACGGAAUGUCAUUAAACGUAGAGAAAACAAACAUAAUGCACUUCAAACUAAAACAUAAAGAGGACGCUCUGUUAAACAUUUCCGUCGAUAAUAUUCCUGUGCCUCAAGUCCUAGUGACUAAGUACCUAGGCUUCAUGAUAGACUCCGGACUCACGUGGACAUCCCACAUUGACCAUUUUGAUGUGUUAAAAAUGUCCGAAGUGUCUUUAAAUGAUGACUAUUCUAAGGGAGGAGUUAAGAGUGACUCACUGAAGAGCGAAUCUGAGGACAGUUUACUUGAUGAAGAUUCAAAGCCUGGGUCUGCAUUAGCGCGUCAGCUGCUGGACGCCCUGACGCCGGCCGCGCUGAGCAAACUGCGCCGCGCUUUCCGCAAAACCAAGGAAAACUCACGAUCUCAGGACAUUGACAGACGCGUGGAAGAGGUGAUGCGGCUAGCAGCAGCAGAGGAAGGCAUCGAGUUCGCCCCCGCACCCCCUCACACCUCGCUCGUACUUUCCCUUGACAGGGAGGGAUUUAUACAGGCUAUUAACAAUAUCUUCGGACAGCACAGAUAUGAGCCGCACGCCAACGCUCUGUUCAAUUCGUUGGACGCCUGGGGCGCCGGCCGCGUCUGGUGGCACCAGCUCUUGGCGCGUCUGUUGGUCACGGCACCACCCAGAUGGACGCCGCUGAAGGACGUCACUGUCAAAAAGCUGCAACAUUGCAAGCGCGAAACUAUAGUGAAGUUGGUGGGCAUCGAGACAAGAGUGUCAUUUUGCUAUGCCGCGGUAUCACGAGGCGGGCGCGUUGGCUUGUAUGACGGUCGACUCAAGCUGCUGCACUCCUACGAGGUAUUCUACGAUCGUACCGGAGUGCGCAAACGCGUCAAAAACUGCUGGGUAACCGACGCUAUCUACAUGAGCGACUCUCUCAGCUUCCUUCUCGCCGCCUCCGACCGCAGCCUCGCGGUCUACGACGCGUCCACUCUCGCGCAUGCUCUUCGAUACUGCAUUACAGGAUUACCGCAUAUCCCUACAUGCGUUGCGUACUUACCAUCUUCCUUGUCUUCGUACGCUGAGCUGGCUGUGGGCACGGCGCGCGGCGACGUCGUGCGCGUGCGACUUCGACACGCACUGCCCGCCGCUGACGCCGUCACCAUCUACUUUUGGAGGGAGCUGUCAUCCCCACCUCACACCAGCUACAUCAGCAUUACAACAUGGCGACGGGUCCACUCACGCGCUGUGCGACGUCUCGGUUAUUCUGGGAACGUCAUGUGGUCCUGCUCACACGACAGUGAUGUGAGCGUGAGGGCACGCCAUAUGCCAGGGAAACUUGACGACUAUGUGUUUAAAGUGCAGAGGGGCGUGAGCUGCUUCCACGUGGUGCCCGCCUUGCACAUGCUGGCAACAGGCAGCGCUGACGGGACAGUCCGUCUCUGGGAUAUCACGCAGUCCAGCCCUUUCGCGAAGCUGGCGGCGCCGGCGCGGGCGGCCGUGCUCGACGUCAAAGUCAUCGCAGACAUGGAGGUGGUCAUCGCAUUCUGUAGCAACUGCUGGCUGCACAUCUGGGACCUGAACGAAGAGAGCCUUCUGCAGACAAUAAAGAUCAAGUUCCCAUUCCUCGGGGUCCUGGGGAAGAAGGUCGAGUUCGGAGCCUACUGCAUCCACCCUGGUCCCGCACUCAAGAAGACGGUGGUAGCGGAGUCUCCAAGCACCUCAAGAGGGUCUAGCGUGGCGCGCGGGAGCUCCGGAGGCCUGCAGCUGUUAGAGGAAGAGCACGAAGAAAUCGAGGAUAAGAGAGACGGAGAGUACUCCCUGUCCCACCGCGCCGCCAUACUAGUGACGUGCUGUGACUGCGUCUGCACUGUUCCCCUCGCAGAACCCGAAGAGCCCCGCCCUCCUCCGGGGGACACUUUGCAAGCCCGCCGUCCGCACGCGUGGGAUAUUCCCUUGUCAUCCACAGCCACUUCUACACCUCGGCGCCACUCUCUGCGUCCUGCACAAUCUCUUCAGCCUUCACACACACCACGAUCACGGAUCCCUGGGCCCCUAGGGGCCCACGCGUCGCAACCGCAGACGCCAUUUGACAAACUCCCUGAAUUGCCUGCGAAGUUACCAAUCGAAGAUCUUGAUCUAGAAACAUUGUUGGAAAAUGCGGGCUUACAGGGUAUCCUCGAGAAAGAUUUCGUGCUGAUGAAGGGACUAAAGCACGACUUGAACAUGAAACUAGCUGAAAUGGAAGCUAACAGGGAAGCAAUGGCGUCCGCCGUGGCCGCCGGUGCGCCUUACCUCGCACUUCGCACCUACGAGAUGGAGCCAUUAGCACCUGUCGAUGAAAUGACAGACGCGUAUGCACGUGUGAUGAGGUUGUUUCCACCGCCGAGCACGGUGGGCACGCCAACGGGCAGCACAGGUUCGACUCCCCGUCGGGGCCGCAGCCGGACCAGCACCAAUGUCUGAAGAACU